AUGACGAGCGGCAAUAGCGUGGAGAUCUUCGUCGAGACGGAGCUUCUCGAGAACAAGAAGCAUGCUGUCGUUCUUUCGCCCGAGAUUGCCUUUGAAACUCUACAAACCCCCACCGGCUCCGCCCUCUUCUUCUCCAUCGGCACCGACGGGAUCUUCUAUCUCACGCGCGAGAUCGCCAGCUCCUCCACGGGCUGGACUCGCCGCAACCUCUCUAACGGCCUAUCCGCCUUUCAUAAUGGCGCUUCGGUCCGGGCCAAGUCCUUUGACCUGUCUCAGAACAAGAAGACGCUCGCGUAUGACCUUGCUCUGGUAGUCACGGUGGGCAGGGACGACUUCCUGUACGUCUCGCUCGGCAACGUGCAUACCGAGGAGGCCUGGGAAGAUGGCGUCCAGUGGGUGCCAGCCCGCUUCAAUUCUACGGCGCACGAGCCGCCCAGUCCCUUAAAGAUUGAAGGCGUCUACCUUAUGAAUCUGCCGCCAAAGACGGGCUCGACGCCGGUUCAGAACUGCUUCGUCGAUAUCCUCCGUCGAGUUAACGACCCCCUCAAGUUGCUUGAUCGGUACUAUAUCGACCUCAAGGAUGGCUCGUCGCCGCAGUGGAACCGACACACGCUGCCUAUCGACGUCGGCGCUGGCUCGGUGACCGCAGCGCUGGGUCGCCGGCCGACGGACUCGGCCCCUGGGAUCUUCACAUUCGGCACAGUCGGCACGGCCAAGCAGCUGGUCUAUCUCCCGCAGUACGUCAGUCGUACUUCGCUCGUCCCACCCAGGCCAUCUCGAUUGGUCACGCCGCAGGACCCGACCGCCAUCGCAUCGGCCUUGAACAAAGCCGGCAAUACAAACCUGUUCCUGGCAGCAGCCGGAGGCCUUUAUCUCUACACAGAGAAUAAUCAAAAGGACCAAUCCGUUCCGGUCCUGGUCGUGCCAUCAACCCUUGGUGGUCAAAAUAUCCUAGGCAAAGUUCUAUCCCUGCACGCCUCUACCGUCGGCAACACAACGGCCGUCUGGUCUCUCAACACCCAAGGCAAGCUCGUCUACAUGACCUGUCCUUCUGGCAGCGAGGCAACCCCCUCGGCAUGGUCGAUGCCUCUUCCCAUCGCCAGCCAAGUGGAAUCUUUUGCAUUUUACAUCAACAAGGCUGUCGGAGAGGCCAAUAUCGUCUUCUGCCAUCUCGCGGGCGGCAAAAUGCAGCAGCUAUCCCAGGACCCUACAACCCUUGCCUGGUCCUCGCGGACUAUCCUGCUCCCGCCUACCGAGGUGGAGGCCGUCUCAUCAUUCGAUGCUUUUACAAGCCAGAUUACUAUCACAAAGGAUGGUCUGCCCGCGGCAGACUUGCCCGUACAUCUGAUAUCGGAUAAGGCAACGACGUUCCAGGCAAACGACUUGUACACUGUGUUGAAACCCGGGGAGCCGCUCCCCGUCAAUACUGACGGAUCGGGAGUAUUGACCGUGAUCCAAGAAGCUAAGUCACUGGCGUCUGGAGUCUGUUUCCGCGUGCAAGUUCCAGGAGACCCAGAUAUCGAAGCGCUCAUCGACCCGCUAGCACCUGCCAUGCACAAGCUCUCAACUAUUAAGACGGGGAGCGAUUUUGACAAGUUCGAGGGUUUGGUUCGAGGGGACGUGCCGGCCGGCGACAAAGACUCCGCUGCGGAAGUUAUUCAGAAGCUCAGUCAUGUGAGAAACGAGCUGCCCGCUUCUAUUACGUCUUCUGCGACCGCCUCUGUUCUCCAGACGGCGACCGAAACACCAGCAAACUCGGGUGGUUUUGGCUUGACCAUUUCUCCCGCAGGUCCACAACUGCAUAAUCUAACUCCCAACGCACCCCAGCACCGAUCCACCAAGAAGGUAAAAUCAGGUGGCAUCCUGAGCUCGCUGAUGCAGGGCCUCGAAGUGAUCAAGAUGGACUUUGUGCGUCUGGGUAACGGAGCCUGGAAGGUGUUGGUCAGUAUCAAAGACACCUUCAUCGAGCUAGGCCUCCUGAUCAAAGACGAGAUCGGUCCGCUGCUCGACCAGGCUCUCGAAUGGGUCAAAGCCACGUGGGAGACGAUCAAGACGGCCUUUCUCGACAUUUUUCUCCCGUGGUCGGACAUCAAGAGGACCAAGGACGUGUUCAAAGCUAUUUUCAACUCGACGGCGAACAGCAUGAUCGAGGGGAUCCAGGAUCUCGAAGACCGAGCCCAUGAGUUCUUCACCGACCUCUCCGAUAAUAUCCAGCCCUUCAAGGACGGAAUCGGUCGGAAGAGCAAAUCUACGGCGCAGCUGCAGAGGGAAAGAAGGCAGGCGGGCGUGGAGAGGAACCCAAAAGCCAACUUCUUUUCUUACCAUCUCAUGAACGCGACCACGUCGCUUUUCGGGGACGACGACCAAACCGCCAUACAGAACGUGGCUGUAUCCCAAGUGGCAGAGCUGCUGCAGAACUUGAUCGACCUGGUCGAAGAGCAGGUUGACGUUUUCAAAACUUCGGCGGAGGAUAUCAAAGACAUCAUAGACAACAUGGGCACCAUGGAGCCCGUAGAGGUCCUGAUAGCGCUCGCAGCGAUUUUCGCGGAUGUAUUCGUGGAUACGGCAGGAAACGCCAUCAACAAGCUCAUCAGGCUCUUCCGACUCCUGAUUUCAGGGGUGGUAAACAUCAUGAACGCGAAGAUCAAGAUUCCCGUCAUCUCACCCAUGUACAAAGAGUUCGUCGGGAGCGACUUGACUUACAUUGACGUCGUGUGCCUGGUGAUUGCGUGUCCCGCCACCGUUCUCUGCAAAAUCUUCACCGGCGGCGACGCUCCGUUUCCCGACGAGCCGCGCACGCACAAGAUCAUCGCGUCAAAGACCCUAUCCGAGCUGAGAACACACAUGUGGCCGGGGAAAUACUACUACGUGGAGGAAGAGCGCCAGAGGAUGGCAACCCAGGCGUCCAUAGUAGCUACUCACGACCUCAUUUCAGUUGACACUCGUGCGGAUAAUAUUUCCGCGCAGCAACCCAUGGAAAAGAGGGGAGUGGAACAGAAGACCCGCUUCCUAGUGGAGAUACCGCACGAAGAGCUGAAAAAGCGAGCGGACAAGCACCUCAAAGACGCCAUAGACCGCACCGACUUCGCCCUAGCCCUAUGUGCGUCCGUAUGCGGCCAAGUUUUUGUACGGUUCAAGACAAUCCAGGUGAUCUCGCGCAAGGGCCGAGAGAAAAUGAGUCCGAACAACGAGGCGCGCGAGACCGACCCGCUCGGCCGCUCGGUGGACAUCAUCACGACGGUAUUCUACCUGGGCGUGAUCGCGCCCAACGCGACGUCGUUUGCCAAGGACUGGAAGCCCGACAGCUGGACAUACGGGAACGGGGCCAUCGCGAUGACGUCGUGGCUCAAGACGUUCCUCGACCUCGUCCCGUGGGACGACAUCCGAGACGCGCCCGGCAAGAUCGUGCUCAAAGCGGACGGCACGUUCGGGAUGCAGCCGAAAGCGUACUGGCAGGGCUAUAUAUCGCCGAUGCUCGACACGCUAAUCUCCCUUGCGUGGACGGCCGUGACGCUGAGAGGGUACAUUGUAGCGAAGAAGAGACCGGAGUCGGUCCAUCUGAGCUUCGUUUACAACAUGUUUGGCAACAUUGCCGGGUAUUUUGCGUGGUGCCAGAUGGAUCCCGUCCCGGACAAGAUCAAGUUGGUCGGGGCUAUAGGGCCAUCAGAAAUCACGGAGACCAGUGUCACCACCGCUUCGAUGCGCUACGGCAGAGAAGGCGAGAUUGGUGCUGCCAAGAACGCUGGUCACCACGACUUCUCCACGCCUCUGUCCCUAUCAGAAACCCAGCGCGCCAAUGCGCGUGGCCGGUUCUAUUACCAUAUCCUCAGCCAUUUUGACGAGCCCCAGCAUGGAUUUGACAACACCACCUAUAACCGACCACUUCUUAUCAAGCUAACCUAUGAAUAUGCGGUCCCUGAUGAAUCUCUGGAUACUAUCCUCAGGGCUUUCUUCCAGGCUCUCAGUCUAGAUUUGGACAACGAUGUAGCUGAUGCCAUCCCUGACACCCAAGAAGAGCGGAUCCGAUCUGAUGUGAUCGGGUUCGCAGAAUACUUGAUGGAUAAUUUCUUCCUGUCCUGUACUCUUAACCACAUUUCGUCCUAA